AUGGAUGAUCUGAGUGAUGUAUCGAGAGCAUUGGAAGAGUCCUUGAGGGCUGAGCCCACUGAAGGAAGCUCGUUUCAGCAGCUGUUUGAAUCAUUCAUCGUUGGACAUGAUGAGCGUAAGCGAGCAGCUGCAGUGGCAGCGCUGUGUCAUCUGCUGGAGUCUGUAUCACCGGAAGAAAAGGACCUUAUCCUUGAUCAUGCGGGGAUGACGUUUAUCCCGAUACUCCUGACCCACUAUUCUUCGGCCGCUUCGAAAGACAUAUCUCGCCUGGUUCAGUUGAUCGCUUCUGGCUCUCCCGCCAAAGAGGUCGUCCUGUCCAUCGUCGAAACGCUAGACGAGCUGGAAAACCAAGCUCAAGGGGUUGGAGAUGAUGAUGAGGAUUUCCUCGAGGCUGGACAGAUUCAGAUGGAGUCGAAUGCUGUCGUGGAGGCCCUGUGUCUCUCUCUUGAGUCUUUGACAAAGGUUAUUCCACGAUUACGAACUGAAAGAUCUACACCGACACUCCUGUCGCUGUCUGACCCUCUCAUCGACGCAUUCACGGUGAUCGCUACCCUGACGGACUCUAUUUCUGCUGUAGAGCUGUUGAGUCGGCUGAACGAGGUGAUAGCGAGCACUUGGGAAUGGGUUCACAAGACUUCAGAUCAAGGAGGAGAACAGAGGGCUAUCCUGACGAAUGUCUUGUUCAUGGGUGUGACGCUACUUAGCUCACGACUCGACGCUCGAUUGGCAGAGAGAAUGUUCAUAAAUCUCUUUCCAAAGUACAAAUCUCCUCAUGCCAAGGAAGGUCAAGGGGAGCCUGCACAAAGAACUCUGGAGCAAUCAUUGCGCAUAGCGACAGAGCUUGAGAUCACCACGUCUGAUCUUGUUCACCGGCUCACUCACCCUUCGUCCAUCUCUCCAUACUCUUCGCUCGCCUCCCUUGCGCUCCUCGUCGCUUCUCUACCAAGCAUAGCCAUCGGGAGAGAGUCUGGACAAUCACAUCCUAUAUCCCCGGUCCUUCUCGAGGACUGUAUGCCGGUCCUAUCAGCGGCUUUAUCAUCCGACGCAUUAGAUGCUGGCAUAGCGUGGACUUGGUAUCUGGUUGCUGCUGGAGACUCGAAAGUGACACAUGACGUGGUGACCAUGCUUUUAGAGCUUCUUGUGCCUCCUGCAGCAACGCUGCCUGCUCCUAUGACACGCACUGCUAUCAUCAAGCUCAUGAGCGCCUUGAUCAGCGAGGUUGAGAAUCCCCGGGACCAGGUCCUUCUGUACAGGCAGCUUGUAGAGGCCGAUAAUCCUUUUGACGCUAUCCGGGUUCAAGGUCUGGCCAUGAUACGCGAGGCGAUCUCAAAGCCGGCCUCGCCAAUCUUACCCGAUCUACAUAUCAUCAUUCCUGAUCUCUUCACACUCCCAUCCACCAGCAUCUCCCCGACAGUCGCUUCGUACACUCAUGGUAGGCACCGACAUUCGUCCACAGCCGACGUUACCCCUCUACAACUUCCACUCGAAUCGUUCAUCUCAUCCAUGUGGAUCUCAUGGUUCAUCGAAUGCGUCAAUCUACUCUGGCUCAUUUUAACCAUCGACAAGGAGGAUAAAGCGGGUUUGAAAAAUCGGCAUAAAUUGGAAGAGGUAUAUACGACUUGGGUCCAGCCUCAAAAAGUCAGGACACUAUCCAUGCGGAGCGAGUGGACAAAGAGCGUCGAUGGUGCCAUGGUAGAUUCCGAGGAGGAGGAUGGUGAUCGUGGUGAUGAUGGUCAUUCGAAUAGCCGAGCCGAAGUUGACUUUGUACUUCUUCGUUGGGAGGAUGCCCUGGGGAGAUUAGACGAAGAGGUGACGCGGAUAUUGGGGAAAAAUCACUCGAUACACACUGCAGGAACGCUGGAAUCCGUAGAGGAGUGA